AUGCUGAACGAUGCUGCCUCUGUCAUCUACAUUGUGCUGGAACUGCUGAUAGCCAUACUGUCCGUGCUGGGCAAUGUGCUAGUCUGCUGGGCCGUCUGCCUUAACAGCAACCUGCAGAGCAUCACCAACUUCUUUGUGGUGUCCCUGGCGGUGGCAGACAUUGCUGUGGGAGUGCUGGGUAUCCCCUUCGCCAUCGUUAUCAGCACAGGCUUCUGCUCCAACUUCUAUGGAUGCCUCUUCAUUGCUUGCUUUGUGCUGGUGCUCACCCAGAGCUCCAUCUUCAGCCUGCUGGCCAUCGCCAUAGACCGCUACAUCGCUAUCAAGAUGCCUCUCAGGUCAGUUCAACAUUGUAUUAACAUAUAGUGAGGGAAAAAAGUAUUUGAUCCCCUGCUGAUUUUGUACGUUUGCCCACUGACAAAGACAUGAUCAGUCUAUCAUUUUAAUGGUAGGUUUAUUUGAACAGUGAGAGACAGAAUAACAACAACAAAAUCCAGAAAAACGCAUGUCAAAAAUGUUAUAAAUUGAUUUGCAUUUUAAUGAGGGAAAUAAGUAUUUGACCCCUCUGCAAAACAUGACUUAGUACUUGGUGGCAAAACCCUUGUUGGCAAUCACAGAGGUCAGACGUUUCUUGUAGUUGGCCACCAGGUUUGCACACAUCUCAGGAGGGAUUUUGUUCCACUCCUCUUUGCAGAUCUUCUCCAAGUCAUUAAGGUUUCGAGGCUGACGUUUGGCAACUCGAACCUUCAGCUACCUCCACAGAUUUUCUAUUGGAUUAAGGUCUGGAGACUGGCUAGGCCACUCCAGGACCUUAAUGUGCUUCUUCUUGAGCCACUCCUUUGUUGCCUUGGCCGUGUGUUUUGGGUCAUUGUCAUUUACAUUUACAUUUUAGUCAUUUAGCAGACACUCUUAUCCAGAGCGACUUACAGGAGCAAUUAGGGUUAAGUGCCUUGCUCAAGGGCACAUUUACAUCAUUUAGCAGACGCUCUUAUCCAGAGCAACUACAAAUUGGUGCAUUCACCCUAUAGCCAGUGGGAUAACCACUUUACAAUUAUACUUUUUUUUUUUUUUGGGGGGGGGGGGGGGGAGGGGUAGAAGGAUUACUUUAUCCUAUCCCAGGUGUUCCUUAAAGAGGUGGGGUUUCAAAUGUCUCCGGAAGGUGGUGAGUGACUCCGCUGUCCUGGCGUCGUGAGGGAGCUUGUUCCACCAUUGGGGUGCCAGAGCAGCGAACAGCUUUGACUGGGCUGAGCGGGAACUAUGCUUCCGCAGAGGAAGGGGAGCCAGCAGGCCAGAGGUGGAUGAACGCAAUGCCCUCGCCUGGGUGUAGGGACUGAUCAGAGCCUGAAGGUACGGAGGUGCCGUUCCCCUCACUGCUCCAUAGGCAAGCACCAUGGUCUUGUAACGGAUGCGAGCUUCAACUGGAAGCCAGUGGAGUGUGCGGAGGAGGGGGGUGACGUGAGAGAACUUGGGAAGGUUGAACACCAGACGGGCUGCGGCAUUCUGGAUGAGUUGUAGGGGUUUAAUGGCACAGGCAGGGAGCCCAGCCAACAGCGAGUUGCAAUAAUCCAGACGGGAGAUGACAAGUGCCUGGAUUAGGACCUGUGCCGCUUCCUGUGUAAGGCAGGGUCGUACUCUCCGAAUGUUGUAGAGCAUGAACCUGCAGGAUCGGGUCACCGCCUUGAUGUUAGCGGAGAACGACAGGGUGUUGUCCAGGGUCACGCCAAGGCUCUUCGCACUCUGGGAGGAGGACACAACGGAGUUGUCAACCGUGAUGGCGAGAUCAUGGAACGGGCAGUCCUUCCCCGGGAGGAAGAGCAGCUCCGUCUUGCCAGGGUUCAGCUUGAGGUGGUGAUCCGUCAUCCAUACUGAUAUGUCGGCCAGACAUGCAGAGAUGCGAUUCGCCACCUGGUUAUCAGAAGGGGGAAAGGAGAAGAUUAGUUGUGUAUCGUCAGCGUAGCAAUGAUAGGAGAGGCCAUGUGAGGAUAUGACAGAGCCAAGUGACUUGGUGUAUAGGGAGAAAAGGAGAGGGCCUAGAACUGAUGCUGGAAUACCCAUCCACGACCCAUUUUCAAUGCCCUGGCUGAGGGAAGGAGGUUCUCACCCAAGAUUUGACGGUACAUGGCCCUGUCCAUCGUCCCUUUGAUGCGGUGAAGUUGUCCUGUCCCCUUAGCAGAAAAACACCCCUAAAGCAUAAUGUUUCCACCUCCAUGUUUGACGGUGGGGAUGGUGUUCUUGGGGUCAUAGGCAGCAUUCCUCCUCCUCCAAACACGGCAAGUUGAGUUGAUGCCAAAGAGCUCCAUUUUGGUCUCAUCUGACCACAACACUUUCACCGAGUUCUCCUCUGAAUCAUUCAGAUGUUCAUUGGCAAACUUCAGACGGCCCUGUAUAUGUGCUUUCUUGAGCAGGGGGACCUUGCAGGCGCUGCAGGAUUUCAGUCCUUCACGGCGUAGUGUGUUACCAAUUGUUUUCUUGGUGACUAUGGUCCCAGCUGCCUUGAGAUCAUUGACAAGAUCCUCCCGUGUAGUUCUGGGCUGAUUCCUCACCGUUCUCAUGAUCAUUGCAACUCCACGAGGUGAGAUCUUGCAUGGAGCCCCAGGCCGAGGGAGAUUGACAGUUAUUUUGUGUUUCUUCCAUUUGCGAAUAAUCGCACCAACUGUUGUCACCUUCUCACCAAACUGCUUGGCAAUGGUCUUGUAGCCCAUUCCAGCCUUGUGUAGGUCUACAAUCUUGUCCCUGACAUCCUUGGAGAGCUCUUUGGUCUUGGCCAUGGUGGAGAGUUUGGAAUCUGAUUGAUUGAUUGCUUCUGUGGACAGGUGUCUUUUAUACAGGUAACAAGCUGAGAUUAGGAGCACUCCCUUUAAGAGUGUGCUCCUAAUCUCAGCUCAUUACCUGUAUAAAAGACACCUGGGAGCCAGAAAUCUUUCUGAUUGAGAGGGGGUCAAAUACUUAUUUCCCUCAUUAAAAUGCAAAUCAAUUUAUAACAUUUUUGACAUGCGUUUUUCUGGAUUUUGUUGUUGUUAUUCUGCCUCUCACUGUUCAAAUAAACCUACCAUUAAAAUUAUAGACUGAUCAUUUCUUUGUCAGUGGGCAAACGUACAAAAUCAGCAGGGGAUCAAAUACUUUUUUCCCUCACUGUAAGUAUUUGACCCCCUCUCAAUCAGAAAGAUUUCUGGCUCCCAGGUGUCUUUUAUACAGGUAACGAGCUGAGAUUAGGAGCACACUGGCUGGGAGUCAAAUGGCUGGGAAUACAGAUAUGUAUCUGUUAUUUUUUUUUAAGUAGGGGUGUGGAUCAGAAAACCACUCAGUAUCUGGUGUGACCACCAUUUGCCUCAUGCAGCUUUUCACAUAGAGUCGAUCAGGCUGUUGUCCUACUCCUCUUCAAUGGCUGUGCGAAGUUGCUGGAUGUUGGUGGGAACUGGAACAUGCUGUCUUACAUGUCGACCCAGAGCAUCCCAAACAUACUCAAGGGGUGACAUGUCUGGUGAGUAUGCAGGCCAUGGAAGAACUGGGACAUUUUCAGCUUCCAGGAAUUGUGUACAGAUCCUUGCAACAUGGGGCCGUGCAUUAUCAUGCUGAAACAUGAGGUGAUGGCGGCGGAUGAAUGGCACAACAAUGGGCAUCUGUCUGUGCAUUCAAAUUGUCAUAGAUAAAAUGCAAUUGUGUUCGUUGUCUGUAGCUUAUGCCUACCCAUACCAUAACCCAACCGCCACCAUAAGAAACUAUUUUCACAACGUUGACAUCAGCAAACUGCUCACCCACACAACGCCAUACACGUGGUCUGCGGUUGUGAGGCAGGUUGGACAUACUGCCAAAUUCUCUAAAACGAUGUUGGAGGUGGCUUAUGGUAGAGAAAUGAACAUAAAAUUAUCUGGCAACAGCUCUGGUGGACAUUCCUGCAGUCAGCAUGUCAACUGCACACUCCUUCAAAACUUUAGACAUCUGUGGCAUUGUGUUGUGUGACAACUGCACAUUUUAGUGGGCUAUUAUUGUCCCCAGCACAAGGUGCACCUGUGUAAUGAUCAUGCUGUUUAAUCAGCUUCUUGAUAUGCCACACCUGUCAGGUGGAUGGAUUAUCUUGGCAAAGGAGAAAUGCUCACUAACAGGGAUGUAAACAAAUUUGUGCACAACAUUUGAGAGAAAUAAGCAUUUUGUGCAUACAGUGAGGGAAAAAAGUAUUUGAUCCCCUGCUGAUUUUGUACAUUUGCCCACUGACAAAGAAAUGAUAAGAUAAAUAUAAUUUUAAUGUCAGGUUUAUUUGAACAGUGAGAGACAGAAUAACAACAAAAAAAUGCAGAAAAAACGCAUUUCAAAAAUGUUAUAAAUAUAUUUGCAUUUUAUUGAGGGAAAUAAGUAUUUGACCCCCUCUCAAUCAGAAAGAUUUCUGGCUCCCAGGUGUCUUUUAUACAGGUAACGAGCUGAGAUUAGGAGCACACUCUUAAAGGGAGUGCUCCUAAUCUCAGCUUGUUACCUGUAUAAAAGACACCUGUCCACAGAAGCAAUCAAUCAAUCAGAUUCCAAACUCUCCGCCAAGACCAGAGAGCUCUCCAGGGAUAUCAGGGACAAGAUUGUAGACCUACACAAGGCUGGAAUGGGCUACAAGACCAUCGCCAAGCAGCUUGGUGAGAAGGUGACAACAGUUGGUGCGAUUAUUCGCAAAUGGAAGAAACACAAAAUAACUGUUAAUCUCCCUCGGCCUGGGGCUCCAUGCAAGAUCUCACCUCGUGGAGUUGCAAUGAUCAUGAGAACGGUGAGGAAUCAGCCCAGAACUACACGGGAGGAUCUUGUCAAUGAUCUCAAGGCAGCUGGGACCAUAGUCACCAAGAAAACAAUUGGUAACACACUACGCCGUGAAGGACUGAAAUCCUGCAGCGCCUGCAAGGUCCCCCUGCUCAAGAAAGCACAUAUACAGGGCCGUCUGAAGUUUGCCAAUGAACAUCUGAAUGAUUCAGAGGAGAACUCGGUGAAAGUGUUGUGGUCAGAUGAGACCAAAAUGGAGCUCUUUGGCAUCAACUCAACUUGCCGUGUUUGGAGGAGGAGGAAUGCUGCCUAUGACCCCAAGAACACCAUCCCCACCGUCAAACAUGGAGGUGGAAACAUUAUGCUUUAGGGGUGUUUUUCUGCUAAGGGGACAGGACAACUUCACCGCAUCAAAGGGACGAUGGACGGGGCCAUGUACCAUCAAAUCUUGGGUGAGAACCUCCUUCCCUCAGCCAUGGCAUUGAAAAUGGUCGUGGAUGGGUAUUCCAGCAUGACAAUGACCCAAAACACAUGGCCAAGGCAACAAAGGAGUGGCUCAAGAAGAAGCACAUUAAGGUCCUGGAGUGGCCUAGCCAGUCUCCAGACCUUAAUCCCAUAGAAAAUCUGUGGAGGGAGCUGAAGGUUCGAGUUGCCAAACGUCAGCCUCGAAACCUUAAUGACUUGGAGAAGAUCUGCAAAGAGGAGUGGAACAAAAUCCCUCCUGAGAUGUGAGCAAACCUGGUGGCCAACUACAAGAAACGUCUGACCUCUGUGAUUGCCAACAAGGGUUUUGCCACCAAGUACUAAGUCAUGUUUUGCAGAGGGGUCAAAUACGUAUUUCCCUCAUUAAAAUGCAAAUCAAUUUAUAACAUUUUUGACAUGUGUUUUUCUGGAUUUUGUUGUUGUUAUUCUGUCUCUCACUGUUCAAAUAAACCUACCAUUAAAAUGAUAGACUGAUCAUGUCUUUGUCAGUGGGCAAACGUACAAAAUCAGCAGGGGAUCAAAUACUUUUUUCCCUCACUGUAUUUCCCUCAUUAAAAUGCAAAUCAAUUCAUAACAUUUUUGACAUGCGUUUUUCUGGAUUUUUGUUGUUGUUAUUCUGUCUCUCACUGUUCAAAUAAACAUACCAUUAAAAUUAUAGACUGAUCAUUUCUUUGUCAGUGGGCAAACGUACAAAAUCAGCAGGGGAUCAAAUAAUUUUUUCCCUCACUGUACAUUGUGUAGUUUUAAUGCCAGUAGCAAUUGCAAAAAAAUUCUAAAGUAAAUCUAAAACCUGUGUGAGGUAUUUUCAGAAUAGAGCAGCAGAAGACCGUGCUAUUUUUGAAUUAACUUUAAAUCUUUAGCCCAAAUGGCUAGAUUAGCUUUUUUGAUUUCCUCAGUGGAUCCAGAUAUAUAGCCUCCUUCCCAGGAGGCAAGCUCACCCAGGACCAGUUAAGUGGAAUCUCCUUUGACUAUGAGUUUAUACAGACCAUGACCCCCCUUCAGAACUAUACACGUCAAAAAACAUUAGCUGUUUAGACCACUCAUUUAUUUUCCUAUAUAGACAAAUAUAAAUUACAUUAUGCCUUAAAAUUAAUUAAUAAUCAGUCAUUACUUAUACACUUUCUGGAUAGUGUGUGCAGACUUAUUGCAUCCAAGAUAGUUUGUUGUUCUGAGUUUAGGGCUUUUGUGCAUGUCUGUGUUCCUGCAUCCCUCACAGCUAACCUUUGAACUUUAACAUCUUGAGAAUGUGACAGAAAUAGGCCAAAUAGCUUAGCUGCUCUCCCACACUGACCAACAGACACACUCGAAAUAGACGUCCCUUCCAAAUACUAACAUUUUGUUUUUAAGUAUCUAUUUUAUUACUUAAAAGAGACGUUUUCCCAUUAAAAAAAAGUGUGUGAGAAUGAUAUGCCUAUUAUGUUUAUUUUUAACUCACUAUCCCUUAACCUCUGGGGGACUCUAACCCUCCAGAGAGACAACUCGUGCUCCCCAAUCCAACAGAGCAUGUGUGCCUCCCGAGUGUUACAGCCGGCCAUGACCGGGAGACCCAUGAGGCGGUGCACAAUUGGCACAGCGUCGUACGGGUUAGCGCUCGCCGGGAUUUCCUUGUCCCAUCGCACUCUAGCGACUCCUUGUGGUGGGCCGAGCGCCUGCAACCUGACUUUGGUCGCCAGAUGGACAGUGUUUCCACCGACACAUUGGUGCGGCUGGCUGUCGUGUUUUGGAGGACGCAUGGCUCUCGACCUUCUGAGUCCCCGAGUCCGUAGGGGAGUUGCAGUGAUGGGACAAGACUGUAACUACCAAUUGGAUAUCACGAAAUUGGGGGAAGAAAAAAAUAACUGAACGUGUGUCUUAGGUCUUAGGGUUAGAUUGUGUGUCUUACUAACAGUGUCCAUAUCUUUAUUGUUCCCACAGGUACAAUAGCCUGGUGACUGGCCAGCGUGCCAAGGGGAUCAUUGCUGUCUGCUGGGUGCUGUCCAUCAUCAUCGGCCUGACCCCAAUGUUGGGCUGGAAUAAAUCCACUGAGCGCCCCAACAGCACCUGCCCCCCAGGCCUGAUGGAGUGUCUGUUUGAGGAGGUGGUGGUCAUGGACUACAUGGUCUACUUUAACUUCUUUGCCUGUGUGCUGAUGCCUCUGCUGCUCAUGCUGGUCAUCUACCUGCGGAUCUUCAUGGCAGCUCGGCAUCAGCUGAAGCUCAUAGAAUUGAAGGCUGUCCACGGGGGGAAGUCCCACUCCACCCUGCAGAAGGAGGUCCAGGCAGCCAAGUCGCUGGCCAUCAUCGUGGGCCUGUUUGCCAUCUGCUGGCUGCCGCUGCACAUCAUCAACUGCUUCACCCUGUUCUGCCCUCAGUGUGCCCGCCCACCCCUCUGGAUCAUAUACGUCGCCAUCAUCCUCUCCCACGGCAACUCGGUGGUCAACCCUUUCAUCUAUGCAUACCGCAUCCGGGAGUUCCGCCACACCUUCAGGAGGAUCAUCCGCCACCACCUCUUUGGCCUCCACCGCCGGGAGAUGUUUGAGAGUGGCGGCAGCACCCGCACCUCCACCCCCAACAGCCUCGGUGGCUCAGUAAGGGUUAAGGCCAAUGGCCUCAGCUUCGACCACACCGAGCACAGCAUCAGUAGCUGUGAGAACUCCUACCCCUGUCAUAGCCAUGUCACACCUGCAGGGGCCGUUCUGAACUCAGCGCCUAUUUCACAACCACCCUCUUUCCGUUAUUAGUUUCCACAAUCACAAUGUGAGCCCCCCUCUGCCAGAGCCUCUCAGACAGACACAGACACACCCCUUAUGUCAUCCCCUGCAGUAUAGGGACCAGCAGCAGCAGUCUCCUAAAGGACCGGAGGUGGAAGAGGUAAAGAACAGGCAGGAUCUCAACCCUGUCCAGGUCAAAUCACUGUUCUAUAAACAGAAAACCUGCUUCACCGAGCUUUCUGGGGUGACCUGAUGGAUACAGAAUUGGCAUCAGACAGCUACAAAGGAUCCUUAACACCUGGCCUUUGUGUGAAAUUACUCCAGAUACUCUUAUUUUUCUGGAGUCAGCUCAGGGAAUAAUGGUAGAUUACUGGGCAGGCAGGCUCACAAGCUGAGGAUCAGAGUUUGGAUGUAUCUCAUGUUAUCUAGAUGGCCUAAUGCCACAUGCUUGGAGGCAUUCUAUCAGCAGGGAUUCUAGCAGUGGAGCCGAGCACCUACACAAAGGCAGCCAUACAUAACAUACUGUAUAUGUACCAUUUAUUUUGUAUUUCAAUUGGACCUUUCAGAUUCUUGAAGCAAUAAUCAUUUUAGUUAUUUAUUGCAGAAAUGUGACUUGAAUGGUUCAAUGUGAUUCUGUUUAUGAUGUUUAUUCUCUUGGUCUGUGGCGCUUAGAUCUGAAUCCUCACAAUUGGCUUUUGUUCUUUGCCACCUGGUGAGCCCUAAAGAAAUAACAUUGACGUAAUUGGAUUAAUCUUGUGUAUUUGGGGAUGGCAGGGAUAUUCCAAGCGUGUGAUAUGGGGACGGUACUGCUGCAUUCAUUUAGCAUGUUUGUGUACCAUACAGAUGUACAUUUCCUUUAGACGUUCAGGUUUAUGAUCUUGCAAAUGUAUGAACGCAACAAAGCUCAAAUCUGCCUAGCUAAGUGUUUUUCAAUGAUAAUGGUUUUCAACUAUUUUGAGGAGGAUCUAUUCUUCUACCACUGUGUACUUUGUCUACAUUACAGUUCUUUCAAUUUGUCUGUCAGUCGCACAAACUGGUGCAGAUCAUUCAGAUAACACAAACAAUUAAAUGGUACAAAUAAAUAAUGACAUACAGCUUACAUUUUUCACAAAAUGACUCUCUCUCUCAAGUGUUACACAGCUAUAGCAUUCUCUGUGCUCUCACAUUUCGGAUGCAAUGCAUGCAGCAAUACCUCCUGUAUGAAAAUAAAUAUAUUUUUAAGUAUAUCUGUUUGCGUUUCCAUGUUGAACUGUUUACGCAUUACAAUUACUAUACAGUUUUCCCAAACAUGAAUGAAUAAGUGCAGAGAAAGCUCCAGGGCUCACCGUGGCUUUGCUCCCAGAAGGGAGGAGUUUUGAACAAAGGGCAGUGAAGCUCCAUAAGAGGGCUGGUCAGUCUGUGGAGGGGGCGGGGCGGGGCGGGGCGGGGCAGACCAGACCAGACCAGACCAGACCAGACCAGACCAGACGGCCAUGGGAUUUAUGUCCCCUAUUACAAACUGGGAGGUCCUCUGAUUUCUACAGCUUUCCCAGCUUUUAGCCAAAUUCCCUGAUGAUUCCAGGUUACGGGGCACAUGGCAUUCUCCUUUUAAUGUCCUCCCAGGGGCUUACUGAAAUGACAUUUUAGUGUUUUUUAAAGAUGCUACCAGCAUAGUUCACUGGUGUUUUCUGCACAACAAAAAUCUUUCUGACAUGACUAAAUAAGACUUCCACAACUCACCCUUUUAGAAGUGGCCAUUCUGGCCAAUACCUCUUUCACUCACUCGACGUCGCCGGUUUACUAACCACCAAUCCUGGCAACCCAUCAUUACGCACACCUGGCAACCCUCAUUACGCACACCUGCGCCCCAUCAUUAGGCACAAUUGGACUUAAUCAAUACCCUGAUUACUCCCCCUUUAUUUAGCCCUCAUUUGUCAUCAGUCCUUAGGUGUUAUUGGUUGUCUCUCACGUUCAGUACGCGUCCCAUGUUUGUUCGUUUGUAUCUGUUCCGUAUUAAACUCACCUUCUGCACCUGCUUUCUGGCUCAUGGCAUAUACGUUAUAGUGUAAACCUCUAUAUCAACAGUAUACUGUACCUGUGACUGGGGGGUAAUGUUACAGAUAUAGUUUCAUGACUCAGUGAUGACCAGUGGUCCUGAAACUGUACAUGGUUUACUGUACAUUUGGCCAUGAGGAAUGGUGCUCACUGAACAAGGCUAAUGUAAUUAUCUCACUGAGUGCCUCAUUCACUGGCAUGUACAAUCUAUCAAGUGUUAGAUGGUCUGGUAUUCUUGACUCAUCUGAUUGCUAGUGUAAUAUGAGCAGUAACAACGCACAUUCUCUUCAUGGUUAUACAGUGGGAAAGAGUUGAUUGAUAGUUCAGUGUUGAUGGUUUAAUCUUAUCAACCCUGCUGAUGACCCUUUUUGCACUCUUGACUCAUCACAUACGCUGCUGUUACUGUUUAUUAUCUAUUCUGUUGCCUAGUCACUUUAUCCCUACCUAUAUGUACAUAUCUACCUCAAAUUACCUCGUACCCCAGCACAUCGACUCGGUACUGGUACACCAUGUAUACAGCCAAGUUAUCGUUACUCAUUGUAUAUUUAUUCCUCCUAUUAUUUCUAUUUUUUUUCUCUCUGCAUUGUUGUGAAGGGCCCGUAACUAAGCAUUUCACUGUUAGUCUACACCUGUUGUUUACGAAGCAUGUAACAAAUACAAUUUGAUUUGAUAUGGCAUACAAGUCAGCAGGACAUGCCAUGAAUGGACUGAGGUCCUCAGAUGAUCUACUGUACUGGUUAUUGUUAAGGUGGUAAGUAGAGAAUGUGUGGAAUGUAUUCAAUAUAACUUGUGUGGUAUUGUAAAAUAAGAGGAAAAGCUCAGAUCCUAAUGUUUCUAAACAAAAUACAAAUAAUUUCUCUCUUAGAUUUGUUGUGAUGAUGCUUAUGGUAACAACUGGCUUGCCAAUAUAAUUCACUAGUUAGUAGAGUAGCAUUGUCUCUAUGGGUCAUGUACAGCCUUGUUUUCAAUCCCAGUUAGUGGUCGGCUGACAAUAAACCCCCUAAAUCCUCCCCCACAGUAGCUAAGUCAGACCUCAGUCUUCAACAAAUACAGUGCAUUCGGAAAGUAUUCGGACCCCUUCCCCUUUUCCACAUUUUGCUAAGUUACAGCCUUAUUCUAAAAUGGAUUAAAUCAAUAGAAAUCCUCAUCAAUCUACACACAAUACCCCAUAAUGACAAAGCGAAAACAGGUUUUUAGAAAUAGCUUAUUUACAUAAGUGUUCAGACCCUUUGCUAUGAUACUCAGAAUUGAGCUCAGGUGCAUCCUGUUUCCAUUGAUCAUCCUUGAGAUGUGUCUACAACUUGAUUGGAGUCCACCUGUGGUAAAUUCAAUUGAUUGGACAUGAUUUGGAAAGGCACACACCUGUCCAUAUAAGGUCCCACAGUUGACAGUGCAUGUCAGAGCAAAAACCAAGCCAUAAGGUCGAAGGAAUUGUCUCUAGAGCUCCGAGACAGGAUUGUGUCGAGGCACAGAUCUGGGGAAGGGUACCAAAAACCUUCUGCAGCAUUGAAGGUCCCCAAGAACACAGUGGCCUCCAUCAUUCUUAAAUGGAAGACGUUUGGAACCACCAAGACUCUUCCUAGAGCUGGCCGCCCAAGCCAAACUGAGCAAUCGGGGGAGAAAGGCCUUUGUCAGGGAGGUGACCAAGAACCCGAUGGUCACUCUGACAGAGCUCCAGAGUUCCUCUGUGGAGAUGGGAGAACCUUCCAGAAGGUCAACUAUCUCUGCAGCACUCCACCAAUCAGGACUUUAUGGUAGAGUGGCCAGACAGAAGGCACGUCUGGAGGAAACCUGACACCAUCCCUACGUUGAAGCAUGAUGGUGGCAGCAUCAUGCUGUGGGAAUGUUUUUCAGCGGCAGGGACUGGGAGACUAGUCAGGAUCGAGAGAAAGAUGAACGGAGCAAAGUACAGAGAGAUCCUUGAUGAAAACCUGCUCCAGAGUGCUCAGGACCUCAGACUGGGGCGAAGGUUCACCUUCCAACAGGACAACGACCCUAAGCACACAGCCAAGACAACGCAGGAGUGGCUUUGGGACAAGUCUCUGAAUGUCCUUGAGUGGCCCAGCCAGAGCCCGGACUUGAACCCGAUCGAACAUCUCUGAAGAGACCUGAAAAUAACUGCGCAGCGACGCUCCCCAUCCAACCUGACAGAGCUUGAGAGGAUCUGCAGAGAAGAAUGGGAGAAGCUCCCCAAAUACAGGUGUGCCAAGCUUGUAGCGUCAUACCCAAGAAGACUCAAGGCUGUAAUCGCUGCCAAAGGUGCUUCAACAAAGUACUGAGGGGGUCUGAAUACUUAUGUAAAUGUAAUAUUUCCGUUUUUUUUUAAUUAUAAAUUUGCGAACAUUUCUAAAAACCUGUUUUUGCUUUGUCAUUAUGGAGUAUUGUGUGUAGAUUGAUGAAGGAAAAAAACGAUUAAAUCAAUUUUAGAAUAAGGCUGUAACAUAAUAAAAUGUGGAAAAAGUCAAGGGGUCAGAAUACUUUCCAAAUGUGCUGUAGCAGUAAAAGCCAUAGGACCUGUGUGUCUGUGUAUUGACUCCAUGGAAACAAACAAGAACACUUCCCUCACAUAAAAGGUUCUGUCUUCUCUUCUUUUGAAAGGAGGGGAGAGAAGAGGGGUUAUCAACCAGGGGGAAUGUGCUGUCAACUGUUGGUUUGCUCAGAGCAACUGCAGAAGCCAUUCACAAUAGCCUCCUCAUCAGAGCAGAAGCUUAGUCACUAAGUAUGACAGUAGUCAACAACAUUGAUUUUAAAAAAAACUAUUGUGGCACUGUGUGCUAAGCCCAAACUCAUUACUCCUUUGGCUCUAUGGAAGAGGCGAGUGCUUCAGCUAUUUGUGGCGACAUUACGGGAGGUGGCUUUAGAGGUCUGGUCUGAAGCGUUUUGUAUAGAGAAGAUGAAAUGUUUGUCACAGUGCAGUUUGGAGGUAAGUGAAAGACUUAGGUGCUAUUUCAUCAUCAUCAUGACUUGAUUGAGCAUAAUUCCUUCAUCUCUAUGGAGGCCAACAGCUGACCUCUAAUGAAACCUUUGGAGAUUAUAAACAGAUCAUUUGAGAAUAACACAUUUAAACAUUAGAUGUACUUUUGUGAUGUAUGUCAUAUGUGGGGCGGCAGGUAGCCUAGCGGUUAAGAGCAUUGGGCCAGUAACUGAAAGGUCGCUGGUUUGAAUCCCCUAGGUGAAAACCUGGGGAUGUGCCCUUGAGCAAGGCACUUAAUCAUAAUUGCUCCUGUUAGUCGCUCUGGAUAAGAGCAUCUGCUAAAAUAUGAAUGUAAUAUGAUGUUAUAGGACAUGUACAAAAAUACUUAUCUUUUCUCACUUUGAAAGAGGACCAAACAGAACUGUUUAACCUGAACUGCAGGAUGAUAAACUUCAUCCACAGUUUGAAGGAGAGGUGUUAUCUGGAUUCUCAAGGUACAAUUCCGUACUUAUCCCAGCAGAAGAAUGUACAGUUGAACUUCAGAUAUGUUAUAUUACAUUCCUUAUUCAACCUCAGAAGCACCUGAUAGUGUUGUUUGUAUUUGUAUUUAUUAGGGAUCCCCAUUAGCUGCUGCCAAGGCAGCAGCUACUCUUUCUGGGGUCCAAACACAUUAAGGCACUUACAUUACACAUAAAAUAGUCUGAAAGCAUGAUACAAACACUACUGUAUAUACUGUACAUUAUACAGUACACUGCCAUGUGAGGUUGUAUUCACAUGGCAUCUCUGCCAAUGACUGGAAAUGAUAGAAACAGUCUGCCAGAUUGUUUCCGGACUGAGUAAAUGCCAAUAAGUGAAUAUGUAAUAGACAGAGAGAGCCCAGUGUAAAUGUCACAUUACAGAUGUACUCUACAGACUGUGUGGACCUGAUGGACAGGACAGGGGAGCUGGUGAACCUGAGUGACAAGGAGCAGAGCAUGGAGCAGGCCAGCAGUCUGAUGAAGGAGAGGCACAGCUAUGUCCUCAUACGCAUCUGCAGUGAGUCUCUCCAAAUAUAAUAAAGGCACUAGGCUAUGUAUGUCUAAAGAUCCCAUGGGAUCAAAGAGUGAUUUCUCACAUUGCCUGCUCUACACACGAUUACUAGGCCUACCAAUAUGUUAUAGAUAGGUUGUUAACAUGGCUGCAGUAAAUGUUAUUAUUACUGAAGUUAUUUUACAGUAAUGAAACUGGUUAACUUUAAUUCAAUUCAUAUUGACCCCAGGAGGUGACGGGACUGAAGGGCAGAAGUAUGUGCCACUCCUAAAUGACCUUGGCAAGAGCCAUCCUGAGUUAGCAGGUAAUGGAAAAAAACAUCCACAGCACAGAGGCAAAUGUGCACGACUGAAACCACUGCAUGGCUUUAUUCAGUGCCGGCACUGACCAUGAUCUAAAGUGGUUGUUUGUGGCCUCCUUAUGGGACAGUACCUGUAACGUGACCUUCUUGCCUAGUUACUGUACAUGUGGAGUACACUAGCCUUAAGCAAACCCACAUCAAGCCUGAUUUAAGACUGUACGAUAAGGGGUGGUUAAUAUGUAUGUACUAGCUGUCUAUACUCGUGUAUGUUACUUUUGUACAUUUUUCUACCUCAGAGGUCCUGAAGAAGCUGUCCAACCCCUGUAAGGAGCGGGACAGAAAGGGUGGUCCCUCAAGGAAAGGCUCUGUCAACCAGACCCGGCGCAAGCCCACUGCUGGAAACAAGAAGAGCCAUCCUGGAAAACUUUGACUUUUAAGAAAGGAGAGGAGGGGGGCCUCCUGAGUGGCGCAGCGGUCUAAGGCCCUGCAUCCUCGUGCAUGAGGCGUCACUACAGACCCGGGUUCGAUCCCAGGCUGUGUUACAGCCGGCCGUGACCGGGAGACCCAUGAGGUGGCACACAAUUGGCCCAGCGUCGUCCGGGUUAGGGGAGGGUUUGUCGGCCGGGAUGUCCUUGUCCCAUCGCGCUCUAGUGACUCCUGUGGCGGGCCGGGCGCAUGCACGCUGACUUCGGUCGCCAGCUGUACGGUGUUUCCUCCGACACAUUGGUGCGGCUGGCUUCCGGGUUAAGUGAGCAGUGUGUCAAGAAGCAGUGCGGCUUGGCAGGGUCGUGUUUCCAAGGAUGCAUGGCUCUCGACCUUCGCCUCUCCAGAGUCCGUACGGGAGUUGCAGCGAUGGGACAAGACUGUAACUACCAAUUGGGGAGAAAAAGAGGUAAAAAGUACAAAAAAUGAUCAUAAUAAAGGGGAGGAGGAAGGGUGAAAAAGAUGGUGA